AUGGCCAAAAAGAACUGGCAAAGCGAUCAAAGCUCUGAAAUCACCGAGGCUUGCGUCCAAGAUCUCGGCUUCUCCAUUAUUGAUGCGAACGGGGAGAAGAAAAAGUCCUUGCGGCUUCGUUGGGCUCCGCAAGCUUCCCUGAAGACUAUGGUAGAUGAGUUCUUCAUAGUUCCCCAGGGUGACCACGAGAUCGUUCUAGGCCAGGAAGCCUGCGACAAAUGGUAUUACGCCAGCAACCCGGGAGUCUAUCCCUGCUUCCCGAAGAAAGUGGCGAAAGAAAAGGUUGCGAAGAAAGAAGAGGAGAACAAGGCGCGACUUGAACAAGAGAUCGCUGCUGAGAAGGCGAAAUGGCUCGAGCUCUUUCAAAAGGAUCGACCGAGUCCGGCGACCGAAACCCCUGCGCCACACCUGUGA